AAAGGGCAUUGGCACCAGUCUACUGUGAGACAACAACGCAUCAAAAUUGGAAAUGAUUUCAUCGUGUGUUUUUGAAGGAAUUUCCCCUGGAGAUCAGUGAGUUUAACGUACGCAGUUGUGUUGUUGAGUUUCCAACAUGGAGGAAUCGGCGCUUUCACAGACGACUUCGAGUGCGACUGCUAGUAUUCUUCUUCACGAAGAGGAAGUGGCCAAGACGCCAGCCACAGCCCCGGAUAAUAUCACCGUGGGCAUUAGGAAGCCCAAGAGGGUUAUCCACUUCAGCGAUGGUGUCCUUGAGGAGUACACAUCUGAUGAAGAGGAUGAAGACAAGAAGGCUGUCGCAGAACCAACAGUAGACCCGAAAACAUUGCCUUGGAUUCCAUACCUGUGGUAUUACACUGUCGUAGCAGCCACUAAAACCAUUGGAGCCUGUGACUUCCUGGGGGAGAAGUUGGCCUAUUUCCUCGGUAUCACCUCGCCCAAAUACCAGUUUGCCAUCAAUGAAUACAACAGAUUAACUGAAGAGGAGAGGAAGACAUUGGACCUAGACCAGGAGGAGAAAGAACAGAGGAGAGAACGGAUUGCCAUGAUGCAAGCCAACAGAGUGUAUGCAGAGACCACCGUGCCUUACUCUGCGGCCAACCCAAGCCUAGGCACAGAUCUGUAACUGGUUGGGGCAACAGCUGUAUCUCAAGUCGUGGCUGCAGCUGGCAGUGACAUGUCCGUCUAUGGGAAGUGGAUGUUAAUGCUCGCUGCGGCUUCCAAAGGCACAUGUGUUAUCAUUACAUUAGCCAUAGCCAAGACUACUUGAUGCAGCUUAUCACUGGCUAUAGCCAGCUAGUGUCAACGUUGACCCAUAUAGAGCUCAUUCAAUAUCUGCCUUAUUCAACCUGCAAGCAUGUAAGCAUGUUACAGCUCAGCCCAUGUCCAAUUGACUUGGCUACGGCUUGAAAUCACACACACAACUCUUUCUAGUGGUUGCAGCCACCAUCAUAGACUUGUGUGUACAUUUAAGCCCCAGCCAAGUCAUUGAGACAUUGCCUUGUGCUUGGGCAAGGAUACCAACCUAUUGGCUUUAUUCAGGAGAUUUUGGAUCAUGGUCCCUAUAUCCCCUUUCUACAUUGAACACUCUUUCUAAAUCAGGAAGGAACCUGACUAAUUUGCUGUUGUUACACAGGUAUAGCCUCACUUUGAAACAAUAUUUUUUGUUUUUUCAUUGAAACAAAAAAACAGUUACACAUCUUUUUAAAUGUCUUUCCAUAAGUUAGAAUGACCCAUUGGAGCACAGAGAUGGUAAUCUAUUAUUUGCCCCCAUUGCAUCAAGGAUAGCCUCACUUUCAAUUCAAGAUGGUUGACUCAUGAAUAAGGCCAACGGGCAAGCCUACUAUCACAGUAUGGGUCAUGGUACCAGGCAUGACCUGUGACAUUCAAUUCUAAUGUCUUUCAUCCCUGCAAAUGCACAGUAGGGACUUACAUAAUGUUAUUCCCACCAUUCAUAUUUUGAGAGUAUUUAGGAUAGAUUUGGGGGAGAGGCAUCUUCCGACACAUUUGCGUCAGAUUUCACAGUGUGGUAUCGCGCAGGAUACAUAUCUGAAAAGUGCUGGAAGGUCUCCAUUCACUGUCACAGUGCAAAGAAAUGUCUCCCAUGCGAACCAUGUUGAAGACAGCGUUGACAGAAUGGGAUGAAUGAUAGCAUGCAGAACUUGAUGCGUUUGUGUGCAUGCCGGAUGCAUAAUGGAAUAAAGUUGACACCAUUGGAAAAUGUGUGGAUGGGUGUAUGGUCACUAGUAAAGAUUGUAAGCCGGAAAAUGCUAUUAUUCAAUAAUGUAUUACAUCUCAUAUCAUUUUGCUGUUUGAAAAUUUGGUUACUGUGACGUACAACGGCAUUGCCCCUUGCAACCGAUGCAUACAUAUUUGUAUAAACUGUAAAAUGUCUUUAGCCUGUUAAGCCUGGUUUCCAUAUUGACGUAAGAAAUGCAGAGAGCAACGCAAACAAGGUGCAAACUGCAAUGUGGACAUAUGGAAACAUGCCAAACAGAGGUGUUGCCGAAAAUGCAGACAAUCGCAAACCAGCCUGCAAACAAUUGGCAAAGUUGAGCCAGGUUCAGCUGUGGCAGCUGUCUGCGUCAAGUAGCCGUGGUAUCCCCAUACAAACACACAAAUGCUGGAAUGACCAGCAUGCAAGGAUGUCUCUCUCACUUAGUUGCAUGAAUUUUGCCAAUUUUCUCAAUGCUUAAAUAUCACUCCCUUAUGAUCAACUUAAUAGCUGACCGUCAAUGAAAUGCACGAAACUGGAGCAGAGGUUUGGCAUCACAAGGCAAUACAGUCAAUCUAAAAGGGUAUUUUCAGAGUUUCAGAUGCCAUUUUGUUUCGAUUUUGGGGUGCGCCCUCUCUUCCAUUCAUGUCUGCGUCCUCACGUCUUGCAGACCGUCUGCAUCACAAACAACCAUAGGGAAACCAGGCUUUAUUUAUCCACCUCACAGACGUAAGCAUAAAGUGUAAGAGCACUGUAUCCACAACGUACACAAUUGACACAGGUGUAAAUAAACCUAACUGCUUUGCUAUGUGCUGUUAUUCUAAUUUGUUGUGUUAUUCUAAUUUGUUGGCAGUACCGCAACCAAGUUCAUAUUCUAGUUUUUUUAUUUUCCUGUCAAACAUUUUUCAAACAGCGUAAGUUAUUUCCAGAGAAGGGUCUUAAGUCAACUCGAUACAGACAAAAGCUGUUGAAAGCCUUCUUUAUUCAAAGUUUGAUCAAUACCUCUUAGAUUUUUUUUCUGUCGGAAAAAUGGAACAUGGAUUUCUUUUUAUGCAGUGCCUGAGACCAAGCAAUGUAAACACUUUAUUCAAAAUCGAAAAUUUACAACCCUAGCUGUCAGGACACUGACUUUUCUGAAAAUACUUAAGUGCUGUGGAGCCAUAAAGAGCCAAAAGUUGAAGAAAAAACUGAUUUGUCCAUUAUCUCCUACAAACCAAAAUCAUUAAAAAUUUGACACAGUGUGUAAUUUGUAUAAAUGGAUGUUCCUCAAAGAUGUGGUUGUGUGGAAUGAUUUGUAAAUAUUAUGAUAAUGCAACUUAUGAUCACAUCAAAUCAUUUAGUAAAUCACAUUAUGCAAGAUUGAUAUUACAGUGAGCAUGUUUAUAAGUUAGCCUCAUUUUGCCCUAUUUUUGCAUCGAAGUUUUAAUUAACUCUGUAUGGAUAUUUGUUCCAUGAAUUGGAAAAGGAAGUGCAAUAGAGCGUUAAACUUGCACAGGCUUUUGUUAAUGCUUUGUGCCUUAUUGCUUUUUGUCAAUUUAUUAUUUAGGUGGGAAUGGAAUGCUGUGUGUGCAUGAAAGUUCAUGCCAACUUAGUUUCUGGUUAGGUGUACCUUGUAUAUAUUUGUUACCUCAGUUUCUGUUAUGCCUUUUCUCCAUUCAAACAUCUUUCAAUUUUGCAUUGUAUACGUGUACCCAGUAGAUAUGUGUUAUUCAGCUGACAAUGACUAAUCCAGGAAUUUGUAAUGAAACAUGUUGAUUAAAGUAAAUUGUGAUUUAAAUGA